GCCCUGUGGGUGGAUGCAGUGAUAUUUGUGUUCAGUCUGGAGGAUGAGAUCAGUUUCCAGACAGUCUACCAUUACUACAGCCGCAUGGCUAACUACCGAAACACUGCUGAGGUACCUCUGGUGUUGGUGGGGACGCAAGAUGCUAUCAGCUCAGCCAAUCCCCGGGUCAUCGAUGACACGCGAGCACGCAAGCUGUCCAAUGACCUGAAGCGCUGCACCUACUAUGAGACGUGUGCCACCUACGGCCUCAAUGUGGAACGGGUCUUCCAGGACGUGGCCCAGAAGAUCGUGGCGACCAGGAAGAAGCAGCAGCUGUCCAUUGGUCCGUGCAAGUCCCUCCCCAACUCCCCUAGCCACUCCUCUGUGUGUUCUGCACAGGUGGCAGCAGCAGUACACAUCAGCCAGCAGACCAGUAAUGGCGGCAGCCUGAGUGACUACUCCUCGUCAGUCCCCUCCACCCCCAGCACCAGUCAGAAGGAGCUACGCAUCGACGUCCCCCAGACCACCAACACCCCCACGCCCGUCCGCAAGCAGUCCAAACGCCGCUCCAACCUCUUCACUUCUCGGAAGGCCAGCGAGCCAGACAGGGACAAGAAAGGACUGGAGGGCCGAGCGGACAGCAUUGGAAGCGGCCGUGCUAUUCCAAUUAAGCAGGGCAUGCUUCUGAAGAGGAGUGGCAAGACCCUAAACAAGGAGUGGAAAAAGAAGUAUGUGACGUUGUGUGACAAUGGCCUGCUCACAUAUCACCCCAGCCUGCACGACUACAUGCAGAACGUCCAUGGGAAGGAGAUAGAUCUGUUGAGGACCACAGUGAAGGUCCCAGGGAAGAGGCCUCCCCGAGCGGUGUCUACCUGUGCCGCUGUCCCCAGCCCGAAGACAAACGGCCUGGCCAAGGACAUGAGCAGUCUGCAGCUGGGACCUGGUGGCCCUGGCUCUGUGACCAGUAGUUUGUCAGCCUCUCAGAUGGCCAGUGGGAUCAGCUUGGUGUCCUUUAACAGUCGUGGGGACGGCAUGCACCAGAGAUCCUACUCAGUCUCCUCCGCCGACCAAUGGAGCGAGGCCACCGUCAUCGCCAACUCAGGAGUCAGCACAGACACGGGUCUGGGAGAGUCUGUGUGCUCCAGCCCCUCCAUCUCCAACACCACCAGCCCUAAGAUGGACCCGCCCCCCUCGCCGCACGCCAACCGCAAGAAGCACCGCCGGAAGAAGAGCACCAGCAACUUCAAAGCCGACGGCCUCUCUGGUACUGGGGAAGAACAAGAGGAGAACUUUGAGUUGACCAUUGUAUCUUUGACGGGCCAGACAUGGCACUUUGAGGCCACCUCGUACGAGGAGAGAGACGCCUGGGUCCAGGCCAUCGAGAGCCAAAUCCUAGCCAGCCUGCAGUCCUGUGAGAGCAGCAAGGCCAAGUCACGUCUGACCAGCCAGUCUGAGGCCAUGGCCUUACAGAAUGUGAGGAGCCUAAGAGGGAACUCUCGCUGUGUGGACUGUGAGGCCCAGAACCCCGACUGGGCCAGUCUCAACCUGGGAGCGUUGAUCUGUAUCGAGUGUUCAGGGAUCCACAGGAACCUGGGGACCCACCUAUCUCGUGUUCGGUCCCUGGACCUGGAUGAGUGGCCCCUGGAGCUCCUCAAGGUCAUGACCUCUAUAGGCAACGAGCUGGCCAAUGACGUGUGGGAGGGCAAUGCACAGGGACGCCUCAAACCAGCACCCGACGCAACCAGGGAGGAGCGUGAGCGUUGGAUCCGGGCUAAGUACGAGCAGCGGUUGUUCCUGGCGUCGCUCUCGGGGGUGGACCUAUCCCUGGGCCAGCAGCUGCUGAGGGCCACUGCCGAGGAGGACCUGCGCUGCGUCAUCCUGCUUCUGGCUCACGGCUCCCGGGAGCAAGUCAACGAGACGUGUGGAGAGGGAGACGGACGCACCGCCCUUCACCUGGCGUGCCGCAAGGGCAACGUGGUCAUCACACAGCUCCUCAUCUGGUACGGGGUGGAUCUGAUGGCGAGGGACGCCCACGGUAACAGCGCGCUGGCAUACGCACGGCAGGCCAGCAGCCAGGAGUGUGUUGACACGCUGCUGCAGUACGGCUGUCCCGAUGAACGCUACCCACUUAUGGCCACGCCCAACCUGUCCCGACGCAACACCAACCGCAACAACAGCUGCAGCAGCACGGGCAGCACUGCACUCAUAUAAACACUACCGCCCCCUUCAGGAGGCCUCUGGGUACUGCGGCUCGCAGGAUAUUAACAGGCUAAACACACAUUGUGACAUUAUAUGCAUAUUACACACUCAAACUCCUGACUGAAAAAAAACUGUGACAUUUUUGGAAGUGAGGGGCUUGGAGAGAGUCUGAAUUGGGAGAAAAUGACUGAACUCUUUUGGGAACCACUACUUCUGCACUCCUUGUCUUAGAGCCCUCGUUGACCUCUUACCCUCUCCACUCUGACACUAAUCUCACACAGAAGACACUAGCACUCAUGUUGCCGUUGAUGAAGCCCUCUGUCCUUUUGGCUCUCUGCCCCACAUCAUGAUGACCCCCCCCCCCCGCGCUUCGGUCCAAUUGUCAAUUUCCUCACAAGGCCCUCCCCUGUGAAAGCAUGGGGGCAGGAUGUGGCUUGGCGUUACUUCCGGGUGGAGUCAGGUCACCGGCUUCCCCCACUGCUACCUACCUGGCUGCAUGUGGCCCUAAGCAUGAUGGGACAUGGGGAGGAGGCGGCCAAAAUCACAUGAAAAGCAGCGACUCCCCCUUCUCAUAUACCCUCUAUUGACUCCGAUCUGCAAUCUGCUCCCAGCUUCAACCCAGGCCACACACACACUAUAUCACUACUAUGUCACUGCUUUCUCAGCUGGACAGAAACAGAGGCCUGCGGGUUUGGAAAGACUUGGGAUGUUUGAAGAAGGCCUCUGUAGCAUGUUGGGGAAGGGGGGGUUGCUUUUCACUUAAGUUAUGGGAGCUCUACCUUAUAACAUGAGAACUACAAAGAACACUGAUCAACUGAACAGAACUCCUCUUCUACUCUGGUUCUUCUUUAGUUCUCCACAUAAUCAGUGUUUCCCCUCUCUUCUCUUCAGUAAAUUAUGUGAUCUCUCUCUCUCCUGUGGAUGUUUGUUUUUUUAAUGUGGAACAAAAAUAUCUUCUUGUAUAAACAGUUUAAGAAAGUGAGAGAAAAAAAUGCUCAGUAUCCGAUAUUCCUUGGAAGUAAAACAGAAAGUGUGAUAGCAUGUCAGACACUUUCUCUUUUGAAUUAAAAAGGGUUGUUCAUCACGUCCA